GCGCGCUUAUAUUUGUGUGUUCGUCACCAAGUCCUGAUCAAUCCUCGCUUCCUUUCCUCGAAGUUACAGAGCUUGACCAAAACAUACGUCUCAACGUUUUCUUUCCUUCUGGGUAAUUUUCUGUCUUCAGCGACGUCGCCUGCUCCUUCUGCUUCAUCUUCAAUCAGGAUCGGAAAUUCCCCAAUUUUUGUGCUUUGUUUCUCAUGGCUUGUGAUUGUAGGUUCUCCUGCCUGCCGAUCUGUUAUUUGCUUUUUACGCUCUUUGAAGUGUGACUAACACCUCAAAAAUAAAUUUAGUUGUCUAGGAGAAGCUUUUGGAAGGAAGAUAUGUCUACCAACGUUAUAUUCAGUUUAGAAUACUAAUCUACUUGAAAAGUUGUAUUGAAAGUUGGUUUCGCUAUUGAUUUAUAAUAUUGCUCCUAGAAAGGGUUGUGGCAUUUGGGCAAGCUUUGGAAUCAUGCCUGUUUCAGGACGUGAAGAGACUGGGGUUAAAUCUUAUGAUGGGCAGUUUAGUGGUUUUAUUGCAGCUGUGCCUAUCAAGAAAAGGAGGUUCCCUUUGAUCCCGACCUUUUCACCUUUGUCUGGAAAACAUGAUUCACUUACUGAAGAAACUGAAUCAAUACGGAAAGAACAUUCAAGCAUUCCUCAAGGAUCAACUGUUUCAAAUGCUAAUGCUGUAGAUGCACCAAUCAAGAAAAGAAGGCUCCCUUCGGUUCAAGCAUCAUCUUCUUUGGAAAAACUUUCUUCACUUCUGGAAGUAAACAAUGCAUUGCAUGGGGAAAAUUCAAGCACAACACUGGCUUCAACCCUUUCUACCAAUUCUGCUGUGUUAUCUGGUACCAAUAAAAACCCUGCAUUUGAAGAGAAGAAUGCAACUUCGGAUGUUACAAAUGCUAACUUUGCCCAAAACGGUUCCAAUUAUGUUAGCCCUAAAUUGGAGGAACCAGAUCUUGCAACGCACUCAAGAGCAUUGGAUGAUGCGGACAACAAAGAGAAGUUGAUUGCUAGUGAGAAUUAUGAAGAAAAAUUGGGAACCCAUGUGAAGGAGAAUUCCGAACUCUUGUUGGCUGCCAAAGAAAGUCUUGCACUUAAUAUAGGAUCCAAGAUUAGCAAGCUAAGUGUUGAAGAGAAAGAUAAACAGGAGAGUCGUGCCAGUAUGAAUUUAUCUUUAGAUUUUAAGGAGCACUUAUCCCCAGCUGUGACAAGUCUUGAGAUUGGUGAGAGUUUCCAGAAAACUGAGAAAGUAGCGUCUGUUUCACUGAAGUUAUCUCUGAGCAAGGAUGAAUGUAGUUCCAAGAGUUUUAAUGAUGAUGCUACAACUAAUAGGGGAAACUGGGAUCUGAAUUCUACAAUGGAUGCAUGGGAAGAACCUGGGAGUGAUGCUACUUCAGGUAAAACAUCUACUUCUGGUUCUGGGCUGCAAAUUGCUGGCAGUGCACGUAAUGAUAAUAAUGUUCUGUGUUCCCCUGGGAUGGAACCAACUGGCAGUGCUUCCCUAAAGCACACCACUAGAGACAAUCUAAACAAAACUUCCAUGAUUUCAUCCAGACUGUAUGGUCAACAGUAUAAAUAUGUCAACUCUCGUAAUCUUUGCUUUGCUUCAUGUCUUCAGAAAUACUCUGGAGAACCUUCUAGAUUAUCUGUUAAACAAAAAUCAAACUCUGCUAUUCCUACUAUAGAAUCCCUUCCAUUUUCUGCAGGUACAGCUUGUCCUCCUGUGGGAGCCAUAUGUUCAGAACAGUUGACUAGCAAUGCAAGUAUAGUUAACCAUCUAGAUAAUCAUGCUUCGACAUAUGAAGCUUGCACUGAUGAAAAAGCAUCUCAGGGAAAUUGUUUAGGUGACAAGCAGGUUCGUUCAGAAACAGUUGCCACAGCUAUGGUUGAUAAUGCAGAAUCAACUGGUCCUGUCAUGAAGGAUUGUGCAAGAGGUGAUGAGGAAAAUGCAGAUGAUGCUGAGGGAUGCUGGUUGAAACUCACGAAUGACCUCCCCUCAGAUCCACUGUGCAGUGGUGAAGAUGGUGUUAGUGACGAUGAAAAGAUAACAUUAUCAGCUGAUAUGCUAGAGGAUGAUUCUUAUUGUUAUGAUUAUGAGUCGGAUGGCACUCAUUCUUUAACUGUUGCCAUGGAUAUAGAGAAGCAUUGUGCAGAGGACGAUGAUUAUGAAGAUGGUGAGGUUCGUGAACCAUUAAAGCAUUCUGUAGCAGAAAAAUCUGUUUGUGAGGUGAGAGAAGUAGAACGUAUGGUUUCUAGUAAUUGUGAUGAUGGCAAACAGGUUGACAAAGAAGUGUUAAGUGGUGAUUUUCCCGCAUCAUCUCUUAUUGAAGAAAACGACAAUAGAACUCUUACUCGUAGCAAAAUAGAUUGGGGUAAAGAUGGCAUUGACAGUGAAUCAAUCAAUAUGUCUGAUAAUGUUGCUGACAAAACUGUGUGUCUACAAGAGUCAUUGGAAGCUGAAAAGUUAACUGUUGGCCCUCAAAUAAGGUCGUUAGAUCAUUCUGAAAGGAAUAAAGUGCUUGAUGCCACAGGGUCCAAAUUAUUUUCUGACCAAGGCAAUAAUGGAAGCAAUGAAGUAGAUAUUGCUCUGUGUGCUGAUGAGGUUAUCAAGAACUUGGGCAUGGUAAGAGAAACUGCCUCAGAUUUGCCAAAGAUAGAAGUAGCUUUAAAUAUUGAUGAAGAAAGCAAGGAUGUCAGUAAUGGUGGUAAUCAAGGAAGAAUUAUAAAUUUGACCCAAGCUGCUAGUUCCUUAUCUCCUACUAAAUCCAGGUCCAUACCAGGCAGGCGAUUGUCAUCACAAGCUGGAAGUGAUGUAUUACCUGACGCAUUUCAUCAUGAGAAAUUACAUGGAGGAAGAGAUGAUAUCUACAUUGAUGGUCCUUGCAAAUUUUCAAGAGAAAGGCAUCAAGAUAUUUCACCUAGAAACUCAAGACUAGGUUUUGUGCGUGGUAGAGGGAGGAUUAAUGGGCGGAUGGACACAUGUCGAGGUGAAUGGAAAUCUGAUCGUGACUUUGCUGGUGAAUUUUAUAAUGGUCCAAGUCAUUUUGGUGGCCCUAGGCAUAGAUUUGUAUCUGCUGUUCAUGAUACUGAAUCUGACUACAAUAAUGUUUGCAUGAUGGUUCUUUUGUUGGUAACAAUCGGUUGGAUAGGAAGCCCUUGA